AUGGAUCUCAUACAAACAUUAGAAAAUAUAGAAGAUGUUGUCGAACCAUUGCAAAAUGAAGAAACGGAUGCGUGGACCGAAUAUGAUGAAGAUGAUACUGAAUAUGAUGAGGAUGAUAUUAUGGAAGAGGAAGAGAAAGACAUCAAAACGGAGUCAGAAGAGGAGUCUGAAGCCAUGGAAGAGAAAAGGAAAGACGUCGAAGCGAAAUCAGAAAUAAUCGAUGAGACUGACAUAUUUGCUAAUUUUAUGAUGGAAUUCGAGGCGAAAAGGACGAAGGAAUUGGCGAUCAAGGCUGAAGAGGAGAAGAAACAGCUGCGGCAUCUGAUCCGUGUUGAACGGAAGAAAGACGACGAUGCGUCUGAGGAGACGGUGAUCACGCCGGAAGACGAAGAUGUCACCAGUGACAGAGUAUCCACUGAGAGUUCGAUUCAUCCAUGUUUGCGCGAGAUAUACAUCAGCGAUUCUCAGCUGAAAUUAGUGAAUCCGUAUACGGUGUAUAUGGUGCCGAACGAUCCCGGAUUGCUGCCGGCUUUCUGGCUGUUACGCGAACGCCCGCCGAUUUACAGCCCGGAUGGCGUGCAGAAAUUCUACGACACAGCAAAACGCAUGGGUUUGAGACCGAUCGGCCCGUUGAAGGAUAUGCUCAUGACCGAUUACCUAAAUCUGCGGUAUUAUGGAUUCGGGUCGCCGGUAAUGAGAGUGAUCUGCGACGCUUUGGCCGACAACACUUUCGUGCGGAAACUGGAUCUGAAGGAUAAUAAACUGUCCGCGGACGCGUGCCGACAUCUAAACGAUUUACUACUCAGAAACAACACGAUAACCGACUUGUCACUAUCGGGUUGCCGAAUUGGCACGAACGGCGCAAAAAACUUGUCCGACGCGAUAUCGGAGAACACAACCCUGAAGACCCUCGAUCUCAGCAGCUGCAACAUCGGGAACGAAGGCUUCGGAUACGUCGCGUCCGCGUUAUCUGAUAAUCAAGACUUGGAGAGCGUUAAUCUAUCCGACAAUCAACUGGAUAAGGCGUGCUCGGAAAAUCUGCGGGAUCUGCUGUCCCACUCGAAAGGCUUGAUGCAUCUGGACCUAUCCUGGAACUCUCUGUACGAUGCAAAAAUAUGGAGAGCUCUGGUCGAUGGGCUCAAGAAAAAUGCGACACUGCGUUCCCUGAAUUUAUCUUGGAAUGCACUUGAUAAAGAAUGUGUGCCUCAUCUUUACAAACUAUUAUCACGCUCGCGGAACAUCGAGAAGCUGGAUUUAAGCUGGAAUAGAUUUACCGAAGACGAUGCUGUAACCAUCGCAAAAGCUCUUUCGAAAAACAGUACGCUCCAAGAAUUACGCCUGGGAAACAACCCUUUAAGAGCACAAGGUGCUUCAGACCUAGUUCACGCGAUCACUCCGCAGCUAUCACCCGACAGUGCUUUACGCCUCCUGGACUUGGAGAACGUUUGGGCGAGUAAGGAUGUUCUUCACAGCUUGGAGAUGAUCAAAAAGCUCAGACCGUGGGUCGCAGUCAAGUUGGGUGGUAUUCUAAGCAAUUAUCAGCUCGUUGGGCCGAACGUCAGGAGAAUACUUCUGAAAAGAGCGAAUUACGAAGCGAUGCUGCCGAAACGAAAGAGGCUGCGACGCAACUUUGGCCUCUUCGUGAUGUCGCUGAAAGACAAAAAAAUAUCGCGAGGCACGUUCGCGAGAAUUUAUUUCGGAUUCCUUCUUAAUUUACAAAAAAUUAUGAUCUUUUGUAUCUUUAAAAAAAUUAAAAACAAAUUUCCUCCUUUUUGCAGAAAAAUUUAUGGAGUUAGUUCAUAAGUUCAAACUGAAGCUUUCGACGUCGCUCGUCGAUGAGAUUAUGAAUGCAUUCGAAGGGCCGCAUAACACUGUCGAUCAAGAACUGUUAAAAUCAUUCUAUUUAGAAGAGCACCCGGAAACGACAACUGCAUUAUUAAAAUUGAAGAAAAGAAAACUUAAG